CCCUCGGUGACAGGCCGGGGUCUGAGGCGAGGCGCUCGGCUCGGCUCGGCUUGCAUGAUGGCGGGAGCCUGUCGUCCGCUCCGAGGUUUCUUGUGGCGGCGGCGUCCGCUGCAGUUGCCGCUAGCGGACGGGCUUCCGCUUCGCCGCUAAAAAAAGGAAGCACCUCGGUCUCCCGCGCGGAUGGGGAGCGGCGGUUGCGAAAGAGGGCGGCGGCCUCCUCCUCCUCCUCCUCCUCUUCUUCUUCCUCCUCCUCAGCAACAGCAGGAGCAGCGCCGGUCUUUCUGACGGGGCCGUCUUUCUUUCUCGGAUCGUGAGGUAAAGGAAAGUUGCCCGCCACCGCGGGCUGGGAGCCACCGACCCGCCCCGCCGGACGAGGGGAUGUUGCGCUGGAUCCGGCAACAGCUGGGUUUUGACCCACCACAUCAGAGUGAUAAUCGAACUAUUUAUAUUGCAAAUCGUUUUCCUCAGCAUGGCCAUUAUGUUCCUCAGAAGUUUGCAGAAAACAGAAUAAUCUCCUCUAAGUAUACUGUAUGGAAUUUUGUGCCCAAAAAUUUAUUUGAACAGUUCAGAAGAAUAGCCAAUUUUUAUUUUCUUAUAAUAUUUUUGGUUCAGCUUAUGAUAGAUACUCCUACUAGUCCAAUUACUAGUGGAUUGCCAUUGUUUUUUGUUAUAACUGUGACAGCCAUAAAGCAGGGUUAUGAAGAUUGGCUACGGCACAAAGCAGACAAUGAAGUAAAUGGAGCUCCAGUGUAUGUUGUUCGUAGUGGUGGCCUUGUAAAAACAAGAUCAAAGAACAUUCGGGUAGGAGACAUUGUGAGAGUAGCCAAAGAUGAAACUUUCCCUGCUGAUCUUGUACUUCUGUCCUCUGAUAGAGAACAUGGCUGUUGCUAUGUUACGACUGCAAGUUUGGAUGGAGAAACUAAUCUUAAGAAACACACUGCAGUCCCAGAAACUGCUGUGUUGCAGUCAGUUGCCAAUCUGGACAAACUUGUAGCUGUUAUUGAAUGCCAGCAACCAGAAGCAGAUCUUUACAGAUUUGUUGGGCGUAUAACCAUAAGUCAUCAAAUUGAGGAAAUAGUGCGACCACUGGAACCCAAAAGUCUUCUACUUCGUGGAGCAAGGUUGAAAAACACUAAAGAAAUUUUUGGUGUUGCUGUAUAUACAGGAAUGGAGACAAAGAUGGCAUUGAAUUAUAAGAGCAAAUCACAGAAACGAUCAGCAGUAGAGAAAUCUAUGAAUUCUUUUUUGAUUAUCUAUCUAAUAAUCCUCCUUGGUGAAGCUGUCUUAAGUACAAUAUUGAAGUAUACCUGGCAGUCUGAAGAGAAGUGGAAUGAACCUUGGUAUAACCAGCAAACUGAUCAUGAAAGAAACAGCAGUAAGAUCUUGAGGUUCAUUUCAGAUUUUCUUGCUUUCCUGGUACUUUACAACUUCAUUAUACCCAUUUCACUUUAUGUGACUGUGGAGAUGCAGAAAUUUCUUGGGUCUUUUUUUAUUGGUUGGGACCUUGAUCUCUAUCAUGAAGAAACAAAUGAAAAAGCUCAAGUAAAUACGUCUGACCUGAAUGAAGAACUGGGACAGGUGGAGUAUGUAUUUACAGAUAAAACUGGCACAUUGACAGAAAAUGUGAUGCAGUUUCGGGAAUGUUCUAUUAAUGGCCUCAAAUACCAAGAAAUCAAUGGCAGAUUAGUUCCCGAGGGAUUGAUAGAAGACUUUCCAAAUGGAGUACAGCCCAGCCUUACACGUGAGGAAGAACUCUUCCUGAAAGCUCUUUGUCUCUGUCAUACAGUGCAGAUUAAUAAUGACCAAACUGAUGGCAUUUGUGACAGCCCAUGGCGUAGCAAUGGCCUACCAUCUGAAUUGGAGUACUAUGCCUCAUCCCCAGAUGAAAAAGCUUUAGUUGAAGCUGCUCGCAGGGUUGGUGUUGUGUUUACUGGGGCAAAUGCAGAAAGUAUGGAGCUUAAAAGCGGUGGAAAGCCAGAAAGGUACAAAUUACUACAUAUACUGGAAUUUGAUGCCAAUCGUAGGAGAAUGAGUGUGAUCGUAGAAAGUCCGUUGGGUGAAAAACUCUUAUUUACCAAAGGAGCAGAUUCUGUUAUUCUUCCUACCAGUAAAAAUGGUGAGGUAGAAAAAACAAGACUCCAUGUGGAUGAAUUUGCAUUGAAAGGGCUAAGGACUCUUUGUGUAGCAUACAGAAAGUUCACAGAGGAGGAGUAUAAAGAAGUGGAGCAACGUCUUUUUGAAGCAAAAACUGCCUUGCAGCAACAAGAAGAACGGCUGGCAGAGGCAUAUAACUUUAUUGAAAAAGACUUGGAAUUACUUGGAGCUACAGGAGUCGAAGACAAGCUGCAAGAUAAAGUCCAGGAAACCAUAGAAGCUCUUCGAUUGGCGGGGAUUAAAGUGUGGGUGCUCACUGGAGACAAGCACGAAACGGCAGUAAGCGUUAGCUUAUCAUGCGGACACUUCCACAGAACCAUGAACAUCCUGGAACUAGUGCAGCACAAAUCAGACAGUACGUGUGUGGAGCAGUUAAGACAGCUCGCCAAGAGAAUAAAGGAUGACCACGUAAUCCAGCACGGGCUGGUAGUGGAUGGGACCAGCCUCUCCCUUGCCCUCAGGCAACACGAGAAACUCUUCAUGGAGGUCUGCCGAAAUUGCUCGGCUGUCCUGUGCUGUCGCAUGGCACCCCUUCAGAAAGCAAAGGUUGUACGGCUGCUGAAAACAUCUCCAGAGAAGCCUAUCACAUUAGCUAUCGGUGAUGGAGCUAAUGAUGUGAGCAUGAUACAAGAAGCUCAUGUUGGCAUAGGUAUCAUGGGAAAAGAAGGCAGACAAGCUGUAAGAAACAGUGACUAUGCAAUAGCAAGAUUUAAAUUCCUCUCCAAGUUACUUUUUGUCCAUGGCCACCUUUAUUAUAUUAGGAUAGCAACCCUUGUACAGUACUUUUUUUACAAGAAUGUGUGUUUUAUUACACCGCAGUUUUUAUAUCAAUUCUUCUGCUUAUUUUCACAACAAACUCUGUAUGACAGCGUGUACCUGACUUUGUACAACAUUUGUUUCACUUCCCUGCCAGUCCUCAUGUACAGCCUUUUUGAACAGCAUGUGCAUCCUCAUGUAUUGCACAGCAAGCCAACUCUCUACCGAGACAUUAGUAAAAAUGCCCACUUGGGCUUUAAGCCUUUCCUCUACUGGACGUUCUUGGGAUUUUUUCAUGCAUUUGCUUUCUUCUUUGGCUCCUAUCUUCUGAUGGGAAAAGACACUUCAUUGUUAGGGAAUGGCCAGAUGUUUGGAAAUUGGACCUUUGGUACUCUGGUCUUCACAGUUAUGGUUAUAACUGUUACAAUGAAGAUGGCAAUAGAGACUCACUUUUGGACUUGGAUAAAUCAUUUUGUUACUUGGGGGUCCAUUGGGUUUUACUUCAUCUUUUCCUUAUUCUAUGGCGGAAUAAUCUGGCCGUUUUUGCACACCCAAGACAUGUACUUUGUAUUUGUUCAGUUGCUGUCCAGCGGUUCUGCUUGGUUUGCCAUAAUCAUCAUAGUUGUCACUUGCUUGUUUCUUGAUGUUGUGAAAAAAGUGUUGUAUAGACAGCUGCUGCCCACAAGUACAGAAAAAGUCCAGCUUACUAAGACAAGUCCAGGUGUCAACUGCCUGGAGUCCAUUUGUUGCUUCUCCCAUGGGGAACCAACCUGCACACCUUUUAGAAGAAUGCUGGAGCGAAUAAUGAGACGGUGCAGCCCCACCCAAGUCAACAGGUGUGGAAUUUCUCUGAAAUGCCUUUGCUGCAGACAGUUCUCCUAUAAACUGGAACACGAUGAACCGACAAAUAUAGAUGUCUAGUCCGAGACAGGAAACCAUCUUCCUAGGUUCAGUCUGAGAUCUUCAGAGAAGAUCCAAAUUUGUGCUUUGAAUGUGGAGGGAAUGAGAGAUCGUUGCGUUAACUGAUUGUUGUUGAAAAACUGGUUGAAUUGUGGGUUUUUUUUGUUUUUUUAUGACGCCGCCUUUUUUCUGAUCCCGUAACUGCUAUUGUGCCUUUAGUGGCUGCGAUGUUAUAAGCUGUCUCAGGCGAGCCCUCCCCUGCUCUUUUCGAGCACCGGCCAGUGAUUCACAAGCGUGCUUUUUCUUGCUCUGAGCUCCCUGUCAGCAUCAUUUUUGCCUUUCUACUUAAAUGUGUGCAUUUCAAUAUAGUUUCUCCCCCUCCCCUUGUAUGUCUUUGUUUUCCCCUGAAAGUCAGACCCCGGUCCUCAUUUCCCUUCCCUUGUGGUUUUAGCUGCUUUGCCUUUUGAACUCAGAAGGCUUGUCCUGUGUUUGAUCACUAUGUGUCUCCCCUUCUAGACAUGUCUCCUUUGAGCUCCAAGGUUUGGGGUUUUCUCCCCUGAAAUUUUCACUUUGGGGUGGGGGGAGGAAAGUUUGGUAGGUUUCCUCUAUUUCUUGCUCAGCGACUGUGAAAAUCAAUUAUUUUUUACAAUACGAAACAAAGCUCAUAUUUGAGUAAAAUAAUAAUCUAAAGCCAUUCCAAAUUAUGAUUAAAAGUAGACCUUUUUUAACGAACACGAAGCCAUUCAGAAAUAAAUGCUAAGCCUAUUUAUGUGUUCGCUAAUUUAUACAGGUCUGCUUUUUUAUUUUAUUUUUUAAAAGAUCCUCAACAGGAGGAUCAAUGAGAACCUUUCUUAAUUUACAGAAGGUUCUGUCUUAAAACGGACAAGUGAAAACUCUGUGGAGAUGCUCUAGAAAGAGAAGGUUAGGAAUGAGGUUUUGCCCAAUGUUUCUAAUCCCAGGUUACGAUUGUUUUCUUCUUUCCUUGAUGAUAUUAGCCAUCCUUCUGAAGCAUUAGCUGAGAGGACAUUGCUCAACCUUGGUCACAAUUAAACAGCAGUUUGAGUUGAGAUAAGAUGAGAUCAAGCAAAUUAUUAGGGCGAGAUUCUCAGUUUGGGGGAGACAGACUUGAACAAAGUCCUCUUGGGGGGAUACUGCUUUCAAAGGAUCAGGAGAAACAUCUGAAGAUCUUACAGAUGGCCCACACAAUUUGGGAGUACGGCUACCAGGUCUCUAUGGCAAAAAAGCCAGACAACCAUUGGAUGGAGAUAGAGAAUUAGUUUUCUCUUUAUUUGCUGCUAUCCAUUGGUCAGCUGGAUGUUUGCAGUCCUCAUUUAAGGAUGCAGUAGCUUUUUACUAGUAGCUAGUUACUUUUAAAAACUGUUGGAAAACUUACUGUGGACACUUCUAAAUUGUAAUUUUCAUGCUCGGCUCCUCUGAAUAUUUCCUUCUCUCAUUGAUUUUUUUUCUAAAACAAUAUCCUCAAAUGUGUUAAUCCCUCUGCAGCUCCAUUUUAAGAUUUUACUAAAAUGAUUGGGGUUUUUUUUCCUUCAUAAAAUGGGAACUGUUACAAGCCGGAUUUAAAAAAUAAAUAGUAACCGUCUCUCUUUGUAAAGAAAGAAGGCAAGAUGUAUAAAAUAAAAUAUUUCCUAGACAUUUUUAAAACAGGAGCAGUAUCUGAUUAAUCUUAACAGUAGCUUUUUCUCCCCUGGGGUAAAGAUUUCUGACAAAAGUAUAUUUGCACCUCUUGGAUAUUCUCUACCAUUAGAAUGCCUACCUGCCACUACUAUGAUUGGAGUUUGUAUGGGAUGAGGUCUUGUCAGUGUCAGGGAUGCCUUGGCAAGAGGGUAUACAGUGUGUCUCUGUAAUUCACCAUGCAGAGAUACUUUUAACUCCCUCCUCUGCAUGUUUCAGGAUUACUUCAACCCCAGAGGCGUACACAUUGCACACCAAACACAGAGCCUUGAUCAAACCAUCAUGGUUGCUGUCUUUACUUUUUAACCAGCCCCUGUGGAUAGUCCUACUUCAGCCCCCUGGUCAAAGAGAGCAACCUUGAUUGCACCGGAAUUUUCAUAUCAAGCUCUUUCAUGUCCACCUUUGAAAAUGAUUGUUAUCCGCCUCAUUCUUACAUGGGAGAGAGUUAUGUUUGUAGUCACUGUUGGGUUGUGUGCAUGCAACACAUGGGUUCCAUUCAGGCAAAAACAUAGCACAUUCAUUCUCAUUAUAUGCUAAGCUUGAUUGGUGUAACCCUGGCUAGUCUUUUUCUCUGGUUUAGCAUAAGGUGCAGACUGUGAUGGAACAAGAGAUUGUGAAAAUCCACAAAAAGUGAUUAAAUUAGUUAAUGAUGGUAAGCAUGCAGUCUGAAUGCAGAUUACUUGCGUUGGAAAUUGAAGUUAUUUUGAGAGAGGUUUACUCCUAUCUCAUUAGCCCCAUCUUAAGUCAUACGACAAUAUGAUACUACAUUGUUGGAAAUGAAACAAGUAAUAUAUAUUCAGAGGUCUGUGCUAUCUUGUUCAUUGUUUAAUAUAAAAAUGUCACUCAGAGAGAAGUUCACAAGCCCUAGCUAUGGUUCUUGAAAAAGGUAGGUAUCACCAGCUUCAAAAUCAACGUUGAAUAAAUACAUCUUGUGUUUGUUUUUUUAAAAAAAAUCUGUUUUCUGUAUCUUAACAAAUACAAGUAUAUGAUUUGACUCUCAUGUUUGAUAGAAGAUGAAGUACUCCUCCCUCAUCUGAUCUGCAUGCUGAUAUGUAGAAGACGGAUUGCCAAAAUAGUACUUUGAAAUUCUGCUGGUUUUUCUCCCAAUUAGGACAAACUUCUAAAUUGUCGUUAAUGUAUGUUUUAAAAUACAAGGUUUAAAAUUGUACUGCCUUCCAGGCACAUUGAAUGGGGUCUAAACUAAAGCAUUUCAUAAUGCAACAAUUGAUCUAAAUGUUAGAACUUGAUUCAUUAAAAUCAAGGAUUUAAUGGUAAUGACAAUCUGGGAUAAUACAGUCAUUUCCCAGAUUUGGUUGGGACCAAAAUUAUUCGGACAUAUAACCCUUUGGAAUAUAGUUUCCUACCUAAGCAGAAUACUAAGAAAGGCAUAUUUUCAAGGUGCAAAAUUCUCACCGACUUUAUAACCAUUCCUUAUGAGCAGGCAUAGUUACCAAGGUGACUUAGCCUUAUAUUUUGAUUUGAGAAUGUAUUAGUCAUUUUCCUUGCAAUAGUAGCUGACCUGGAUAGAAGUUAAAAAUAUUUCCACCGUGGUUUACAAAAAUGAUCCAUAAUGCUUUACAGAAGUGACCCAAAUAAAAUGUUUUCCGCAGGCCAUUUGUUCCAUUGUGAGAUAAUUAGUAGUAGUAGAGAUGGAACAAGCUUUUUACUUCAUCUGCAUGACAUUAGACAACCCUCCACGUCUGUCUUUGUGGAGAUGAUCUACCUCAUCUGAAACCCAUAAAGAUAUGUCUCAGGUGGAGAGUUCAAGACUCAUAUCCAAUUGGCAGAUCUACACUACCCUAGGAUCUACACAUCUAAACUGAUUUAUGUGGGUUUUUUUUUACCAACUACUAGAGAAAAUUGUGUUACCAACCAAAUCGUCUUUGUACUUGAUAUUCUGUCAAAUAUGAGGAUCAGUGUAUGAAAUCAAAUCUAUUCAAUAAUUUGGAUGAAUGAUCUCAUAUUUCAUCUAACUGUGUGCUUAAAUGCUUGGAGUAUAAAGGAAAGAGAUACAGUACCUCACAUGCUCUUUAGCAGAGUGAACAUCCGUUUUAAUUUAAAUCAAUUAACAAAACCUUAGAGCCAUUUCUUGUUUCCAUUGGGCAUAGUUUUCUCCAAAUCAUCAAAAUCUGUUCUUCAUUUCUCUUCCAUCAAACUGUCACUUGCAUUGAUUGCUCCAAAUCCAAUGUUGUGUUAUUAAACAUAUUCACUUGCA